GCGCUGUUGACAGCCACCCUUGUACGCGAGAAGAUUCUUCCCGAUGCCAGCCGCGUUACCACCACUGUCUCUUCCACGAUAGUGGCAAGAGAUAUCGCGAUAGUGGCCGUCUUCCUCCCACGAGAAACUGCCGAUAGAAUUUCAACGUGGUGUCGUUGUGUGUCGUUUCUAGAUAAAACAAUCUUAUAUUAUUUUUACCAGUGUACUGUGAGAAACGUGAAGUCGAAUAGUGACAAUCGUUGGUAAACCGCGUACAUACGUGUUUGAGAGUCCAAGUGUUUGUUCGUUUCGUUAUGCGUUUAAGCUGUUGGUCCCGCUCGAUUGCCAGCAACUACAACGGGAUCAAAAGCAAGGCUAAAUAGGAAGGCGAUAGGAACGGCGAGUUUAGAAGGUCGAGGGAGAAAGGAUGACGAAGCGGAGGACGAGUAACAUGGGAUCAUGGUGGUGAAUGAGAGUGGUGGAAAAGCAGCAGCAGAAGCAGUAAAAGCGGAACGGCUGAAACCAGUGCUUUUGGCAUGAACGAGAAGGAAAACAGUCUCGAUGAGGCUCGCGGUCGCGGCGAUGCUUAUAGACGUGACGUGACUGUCUCGCUGUACCAACGCUCGUACUGUUCACGCUUAAUCCUACUCGUGACAUUAGUGAUUCUUAUGACGAUGUGUGUGCUCGAUUCACCAUGGUGUGUCACCGUCACAGCGUAACGCACGUUUAAAGGAAUCGUCAUCGGCGAUUGCGAAAGAAUCGAUAGAAAGAGAAGAGCAAAAAGGAGAAGGAAACGCGGUGGUCGAGGAGGAAGAAGAGAGAAAACAGAGAUAUAUAGAACCUCUCCCGAUUGGCCGAGAAGUUACAAUAGACCGCUACCACUGUCGGGGAGUUCGCGUGACACGCGCCGUUUCUCACUCUGCACAUUUGCUCGUCCACCUCGACGCGGAGGAAGCUCUCCCGAUCUCGAUAAACACACACGCGCACACACAAACACACACACAUACACACAUACACACACGCGCGCGCGCACAUACACACACUCGCUUCCAUUCUCCACCAGGACGGUAUAAUCCUUAACGACGAGGACACGCGUACCAGGGAGGCACCGAUAGUAUGACGGUGAUGCUGCUGCAACGUUCAGUCACCCCGCAGUCGACGCACAGCCAAAAGACAGCGAACAAGGACUGCAACGCGAAGCCACCCUUCUUAUUCCUGCUCGACGACUGUCAAGAGCACAGCCACUCCAUUGACACUACCAUCACCACCACGACAACCAACAACAACAACAACAACAACAACAACAACAACAACAACAAUAACAACAACAACAUUAACAUUAACAAUAACAAUAACAAUAAGAACGACGACAUACUUAAAGGAGGUAGCAGAAGAGACAGUAAUCGUUCGUGCGUCGCCGACGAGGCGGCGGCGUCGGUGACGUCCCAAAGACGCGCCGAGUGUGGCCAGGACGUCGCGAUGCGAUAUUACCGGCUCUGGAUCUACACCUGUAACUUGGUGCUGCUCGGUAGCGCGCUAGGCUUCGCAGCCGCGGUCUCACGAACGCUUUUAUUCACCGGUGAUCCACGCCGGUACGUGGUGCCCGGGGUGCCCCGUGCAUACGACCCGACAGCCCUCUACGCUUACCUGGCGUUGGCCACGCAGUUGGGCCUGGUGCAAUUGUUGGGUUGCAUAGCGGCGAGGAGAUUGAGCGCAAGACUUCUCAACGCCUAUUGGGUCCUGCUUCUGGCGCUUCUUUUCGGCGACGCCGUGAUCGGGGUCGCUUGGGUCUUCCGGUUUGAGAGGAUGCGCGCCGAGCUCAGGCCUACUCUCAGGCAACGAUUGCAGAUAGAGUACUGGAAGGAUCUACGAUUCAGCGAGCAAUGGGACCGUUUGCAGAAGGAGUUCACCUGCUGCGGUGUGACCGGCCCUAAGGAUUUCGGUAGCCGAUGGCCGCUCACCUGUUGCGGACCAUCUGGCAACGUUAGCGACAGUUGUCAACCGUAUACGAAAGGAUGCGAGGAAUCGUUGAUACGAUGGCUACGAAAAACUGCUGACUUGCUGUUCGUGUUGGGCUUCUGCGUGAUAGCGUUCGCCAAAUUGUGUUUCCUCGGUAUACUGCGUUACGAGAUAAGGGAGAUGAUACAGAAGAUACGAUUGUUAAGGGAGCCACCGCCGCCGGCGACCACCCUCGCGCAACCACCGUUCUCUCAAGUGAUACCGGAAGCGACCAACAACGGGAGCAUCGUUCGACGCACCACUCUGCCUAACGCUGUCACCCCUUCCGGAAACGCAUCGUUGUUGAUUCAAACGGAGGAAUGCAACACCGGAAGGCAUCCUCUGUUGGCGAACAAUUUGCAGGAUGGUGGGGCGGACAGCGACACGAACAGUCAUUGCGCGUUGAUCCUCGAGGAAACAACGCCUACCUCGGCGAACCAUAAUUGCGGCAACAGAGAGAAAAGCAAUGGCAACAACAAUUACGAAAUGCGAGAAUUCAACAGGAGGCUGUGGUUGUCGAACGGUGGCAGCCCGGGCACGGGUAUAACAGCCGGUGGUCAAAGCAGGCGCACCUGACUAUGGAAGUGGUGGCGAAACACGUCGAACCGUCUCCUCUACAGGAGCAAUCGGUCUGCCGAGAUCACCGUGUAUAAGAUAGGUCCACAAACCGGAGCUAAGGUUUCUAAAGAUUCUACUGACCUCACGAGUACACCAGCCCACAAUAAGCGAAUAACGUUCAAAGUUUUGCGCGUUGCAAGAAAAAUGUAUCGUUAAUCCUCGUAUAUUAUCGAAUAAAAUAAGCUCUGGAUCCUGUUAGUCGACGAUAGAAAUUUAUUUACAAAAUGAAACUGUUUCAAUCGAGGCUAGUUUAGACUAGUGUAUAAUUUUAUCGGUAUUCUCGGCUUCGUUUCUUCGAAGUCACCACGUAUUAAGUGGAAUUCACUAAAUAAAUGAGAUUUUAAAGAUACAUUUUUCUCGUGACAUCAUACAUAGUGCAAAGUCUGCAUGAUAAUGCUAUUCGAAGUGCUGAUGAUCAAAAUAAAUUUCUUUUUGCGUAACGACACAUAACGGACGAUGAAGCGAGAAUCGACAUGAACAAAUUACAAGGAAGAACGAACCAAGAAAUCAAUGGGAUAAAACAAAAAAAAAAAAAGAAAAAGAAAAAAAACAAACAAAAAUUAUGGAAAAGAGAAGAAAAGUGAAAAAGAAGUGCGUCGAAGCUGCAUAAAAGGAAAGAGGAAGGCCUGUGAAUGCCUUUCGGUAUCUUUUCGAUUCUCUUUCUACGCGUAUUCUUUACAUGUCUUUCCGUCCUCGCAUGGUCGGUGAACAAAGAAAAAAAGAAAAAAGAAGAAAAUAAUCAAUUACUUUUGUAGAUUUAUUUUUAGCAGUAAGUUUUCCUAUACGAAAUUAUUUUUCUUUAAAUCGAACUAAAGAACAUUUUAAACACGGAGUCCUUAUAUACUGAUUUUUACCGCGCGAAUCAUGAGUAGUAUAUCACAAUAUAUAAAAUAUAACUAUCGUCGCUAUUACAUAAAUGCGAUAUUUUUCUGUUAUUUGAUUCCUAUUUUAGUUAAAAAAUUUUAAUGUUAUUAUCAUAUUUAUCGCGAGUUCAAUUAUAUAAAUAAUAAAGAUUAUGCUCCAAUUUUCACUGUUUCUAAUAUACAAAUUGGAAUACAAUCCAAUAAAAUAUAUAAAAAAAACAACAAAAAUUGUUCAGUUAUUCGAAUACACACGAUUGCGUUAGAUCACGAGAAUAGAAUAUAAUGUGUUGCUCGUGACCAAAUUUUUUUAUCAUAAAUUACGAUAACAAUGAGAUGUGUGAAAGGUUAAUCGGUUUUUAUCAUGCGAAUGUUUUUUUAAUUUAUUUUAUUCUCGAGAAUUAAAAUGCGAUAGUUAUCGGAGGAUAUUGUGGGAUAUUACUGUCAAAUUGAUUCUUCUUCUGCAAAAAUAUGAUUAUAAAAAAACAAAAGAAAGGAAAAAAAGAAAUAGAAAAUCUAUCUUGUUUCGAUGAUCUACGUAUGCUAAUGAAUAUAUAUAUAUAUAUAUAAAAAGAAAAAAGAAAAAAAAGAAAAAAAAACACAUAUGUAUAUAUAUAUAGUAGAUAUAUAUGUGUUUUUAUAUACACAAAAAGACAAACACACAAGUCACCGCAUAAGAAUAACGACUAUAAAUUCCUAGUUCUUUUUAUAUAAAACGAUACAUGCAGCGCGAGUAGUCUGUAUUGAUUUGUGCAGUAAGUCGUAUAAAUAUAAUACGAUACUCAAAGUAAUUGGCUUCCUAGCUAGGAUUAAUCGAAUCUUAGGGAUUAUAUACGUUUAUGAAUGCAAAGAUAAUGAAUAUACGUAUUAGUAGAACUGUAUAUAGCGAUAUAUGGUAGUCAAAUACUAAGUAUCGAUUGUCUGUUUAAGAAAAAAGCCAGAAUUCACAUGGUUCAAUGAUAUGUCGAAACAUCAUUUCGUUUACUCUUGCUUAGAAUAACGAGAAUAUUAAUUAAAUCAUGGGACUGUACGAAUUAACACGAUUCAUCAUUAAACUUCAGAUUUAAUAUUUUGUCUUUUUCAUAAUUAUAUCAGUCUGGAAAACAGGGUAUUCUCUAACAUGAUAUGUUUAGAUUACUAUCAAAGAAACCAUUAUUACAUUCAUUAACGCAUGAGGUGCCAUUUUUCAAUACAUAUGUUCCUUUUUUUAGUUCAUAUCAUAAUUUUUAAUCAUUAUAAAAAAAAAAAGAAAAGAUAAAAAUUGCAUUUCAAGGGUUCUUUCUUAACCAGGCCAUCGAAUUAUCGUUGAAUGUACUAAGCUACAAUAAUAAUAUAAAAGCUUACACCUCGCAGACAUACAGCCUCUGCCACUAAAUGUAUAUAAGGAUAUAUUAUAUGUAAAACAAAUAAUAGAUAGUGUUAAUUGAUUUUUAAAGUGAUCAUUUAGAAAGAGGCAAAUAUGUUACUGCAAACCGCCCAGAAGUGAAGAUCUACACGCUAUUUUUAAUUAGAAUAAGCUUUAAAACUUUUAACCAGAAAGGGACGAUAUUAUUUUUCAUGUUUUAAUUCGUUCCUUUGAUUCGUUCAAUCGUCAAAUAGUUAAAUUAAAAAGGCUCAUAUCUCUAUGUUUUAGUCAUACAAUAUAUCCCGAUAAUAAUGAAUUAUGAUCCCAUAAGAAAGAUUUUAAAAAAAUUUAACAUGUGUAGUAAUUUAUAUCUGAUGUUUAAAUGUAAUAUGUAUAUUGAGAAGAAUGAAAGAGAGGGAGCUUUGAAUAGUGCCUGCUUAAGAAAUCCAAUUUACUGUAUCUGUAAAUGGUUAGUUAUGAUAUGUACGUUAUUUUGUACAUGGUAAACCCAAUAGAACUACUAUAGCCAAGUAUGGGAAAAAGUGUAAAUAUAGAAUCAGUUCAUUAGUUUCAUAAUUGUGCAUAUUAUUAUACAAAAUAGAAAACGCUUAUCUCAAAUAGAUUUUUCUUCAAUUUUUUAGAAAAAUUCUUACAAAUACGUUUUGGAUUUUUACCGCGUAUAAGAAUUAUAAGAAUAUAUAUUUACAUUAAGAAUAUAUAUUUAAACAAUUCAAAGAAAUUUAAUUUAAAAAAAUAUUCCUUUUCAAAAUGUUCUAUCUUAUA